CUUACCAGGUUUUUAAUGUGUGUUUUCAAAUUUGAAUUGCAGGUUCGGACCUUCUACACCGAGGUGUUGAAUGAGGAGGAGCGGGAGAGGCUUUGCAGUAACAUGGCUGGUGCCCUGAAAGGAGCCCAGCUCUUCAUCCAAAAGCGCAUGGUUGAGAACUUGAAGGCUGUCCAUCCAGAUUAUGGAAACCGGGUUCAGAAUCUUCUCAACAAGUUCAAUAAUGAGGCCCAGCAGAACACACCCGUGCAUGUCUACAGCCGUCCAGGAGUCUCGGCCGUCGCCGCAUCCUCCAAGAUGUGAUGCCUUAAAUUUCCAGAAGGGGCAGCACCCUCAUGUAUCGCAGAGCAAAUGCACUUCUUGAUUAACAACUGCUACUAAGAGUAACGAGAUUGGACUAAACAAUUAGUAUAAUGACGAGACUGAAACACCGACUUGUAAUGUGAGGGUUGUGUUUUUUUUUUUUUUUUCAUUCAGUCCAUCCAAACAGUUGAUUUUCCUCAAAAUCCUCAAAGCUUUCAAUAUUCAGCAGAUUCUUUAUCUCUGUCAUUUGUCUUGAUUGAACACUAAUUUCAAAAACAGAUGAAGUUGUUAUUUUUUACAGACUGAAACAAAGACCACUAUGGUAACUAAUGUUAACUAGAUCGAGUACAGCAUGACGAAAUGGAGGGCUUGCCUUUGACCAAAUAUGGCCUCAAUGCUAAUGUUUGUUUGUUUUUAAAUAUAGGUGUGAUUGGAGUUUCAAGUUCAACCUCAGCUUCUUCCAUGUACCAGGAUGAGUGAUUAUUUCUUAGGUUAUGUUUGUAUGUUGGAUUGAUUCAUCUCUCUCCAAAAAAAAAUCCAAAUCAGCUAUUCUGUUAGUCUUCUUUUAACAUUCACAUGUGAUUCAAUGUGUGACAUAUUCAGCAUUAAUCUCCGAUCAGGUUGUAAAAUACAUUGAUUUUUUUAUGUAGUGUUGGCACAUGCCAACUGCAAGAAGCAGUAUUUUUAUUUUUCACUGCAGGCAAUCAUAAGCGUUGGCUUGUUUUCCUCACGAUUGACUGAACCUCAAAAAUCAUUGCAUUCUUCAUGAGAAGAACUUUCAAACUGAAAUGAUUUUUCAGUUUGAUCUGGGGGUGUUUGUGGGCGCAUGCAUGUCAGUAAUGCAGUUUACAAAAAGGACACAAUUACUUUCACUUCAUCAAAAAGUCAAUAGUGCCUUUUUGUACUAAAUACAAAUAUAAAUAAAUUAACCUGAAACUCAAAAAUCAUUGAUUAACUUCUCUUUAGUGGAAAAGAGAAACUUUGUUGAUUUAUAUCGUGGUCUAUCAGUUAACGUAGGGUUAAUGUGGCUAAGUAGCAUUAAAAAAA